CCUCCCCGUUCCUCCCACUUGCUCUCUCUGCUCUUAAACCUUUCAACAUGUUAAAAUAAAAGUGAUUGAACACUUCCCAGUCGACUCGUCCUUUCAUGUAUCCGGGUAGGCUCCGAAGACUUGUGGAACAGCUUGGAGAGAAAGCUGAAGAUGUAAAAUAACUUUUGCAAGAAAAAAGAAACAGUUACAGCCACAUACAAGCCAGGUAAAUAGUCAGAAAGGCAGAAGAACCAACUAACUUGGAAUUAACUGGGUUCUGGAUCUCACACUGAGAGAUAAAUGAAAGAAGUGAGAACUAUCCUGGGAGGGCUGAUUUUUGGAGAUGGAAGUGGAAGCUGGGAAUAAUCUUGGCAUAGAAAUAUUAAAAGGUGACCAGAUGCAAUAACAUGGACAAGCAGAAUUAUACACCUGUGACUGAGUUUUUCCUGGUUGGACUUUCUCAUUACCCAGGCCUCCAGGUAUCCCUUUAUGUUCUCUGCCUGAUGAUUUACCUGGUUAUCUUAUUGGGAAACAGCAUCCUCAUUAUCAUCAGCAUACUAGAUCCCUGCCUUCACACUCCUAUGUAUUUUUUCCUUGGGAACCUUUCUUUCCUAGAUAUCUGUUAUACAUCCUCCUCUAUUCCUCAAAUGCUGGUAAAUUUUGUGUCUGAGAGAAAAUCCAUUUCCUUCACUGGAUGUACACUACAAAUGGUUAUUUCUCUUGGCCUGGGUUGUACAGAGUGUGUGCUUCUGGCCGUGAUGGCUUUUGACCGGUAUGUUGCCAUCUGCAAUCCUCUAAGAUACACCAUCAUAAUGAACAAGGGACUCUGUAUCCAGAUGGCAACUUGGACCUGGGUGUUAGGCUUUCUGUAUUCCCUGCUACUCACUCUGUUGGCUAUGAUGAGACCUUUCUGCGACAACAUCAUUGACCAUCUCACCUGUGAGAUUUUGGCUCUUCUCAAACUGAUCUGUGGAGACAUUUCCCUCAAUGUGUUUAUCAUGACAGUUGGAAAUUUUGGUUUCUUAGUCACCCCUUUACUGCUCAUUUUCUUCUCCUAUGUGUUCAUCCUCUCCACUAUCCUGAGGAUCAACUCUAGUGAAGGGAGAAAGAAAGCCUUUUCCACCUGCUCAGCCCACUUGACUGUGGUGAUCUUAUUCUAUGGCUCAGCCCUUUUCAUGUAUAUGAAGCCCCAAUCAAAGGAUACUAAGACUUCUGAUGAGCUCAUAGGACUGUCCUAUGGGAUAGUGACUCCAAUGCUGAACCCUAUCAUCUAUAGCCUGAGGAACAAGGAGGUGAAGCAGGGUGUAGAGAAAGUCCUGACCAGAAAGUUGUAUUUGAGGAAAAUAUGA